GGUGGCGUUGCUACUGAGCCUCCAAUGGUAGAUAAGCAUUUUUCACCAGAAGCAGUGAAGUCACCGGAUUUGCCGGAUGGACCUCAAAACAUCAGCAUUGAUGCUGCUCAUCCUCUUAGCCAGACUGCUGCUUCUGAUUCUACAAUAGCUCGUAACUCCCCUGGCCCGGUCGAAUAUGAAGAUACUGAAUCUGCUGCAUUGAAUUCUCCGAACUCUUUGCAAAGUGGACCAACUCAAAAGGAUGUUAUCGGGUCACCUUUGGAAACCAUGGGGUGUAAGACUCUGAAUGCAGAGAAUAGUUCUUCUCCGGAUAUUAUCAAACAAGGGUCAGAGAAUGUUGAAAGACCGUCACCCUCUACUGAAGAAAAAGAGGAAGGAGCAGCUGCUGAGAAGUUGAGGAAGAAGACGACAUUCAGUAACGAAGUCUCGGAUAAUGUGAAGGCAACACUUAAACCAUGCCCGAGCAUGAGCUCCAAUCUUAAUAACUAUGAUGGAUCUGAGGAUAGCACCCCACAGGUGAAUGCCAGCCCAAUGAUGGAGGAGGCCUGGGAGAGGCUCAAGAAGUCAUACGUUUACUACAAAGGGAAACCCGUGGGAACUUUAGCUGCUAUGGAUCCCAGUGCAGAGACUUUGAAUUAUAAUCAGGUGUUUGUCAGGGACUUUGUUCCUUCUGGGUUAGCAUGCCUAAUGGAAUCUCCUAUGGAUUCAGAUAUUGUGAGGAACUUCCUACUCAAGACUCUCCAUCUCCAAGGCUGGGAGAAACGAAUUGAUAACUUCACACUUGGAGAAGGUGUUAUGCCUGCAAGUUUUCGAGUUCUUUUUGAUACAGCUCAAGGAAAGGAGAACUUGCUGGCAGACUUUGGUGGUAGUGCAAUAGGAAGAGUUGCACCUGUUGAUUCAGGAUUCUGGUGGAUUAUAUUGCUAAGGUCGUAUACAAAGUGUACCCAUGAUUACUCCCUCGCAGAACUGCCGAUAGUGCAGAAAGGGAUGAAGCUGAUCCUCAACCUUUGCCUAUCAGAUGGAUUUGACACUUUCCCGACACUUCUCUGUGCAGAUGGCUGCAGCAUGAUAGACAGAAGGAUGGGCAUUUAUGGCUACCCGAUUGAGAUCCAAGCUCUAUUUUAUUUCGCUUUGAGGUGCGCACAGCAGCUGCUGAAACCUGAGAGAGAUGGCAAGGAAUUUAUCGAAAGAAUUGACAAGAGAAUCAGGGCUCUCAGUUUCCACAUUCGGGAGUACUAUUGGUUGGACCAUUCACAACUGAACAUCAUAUAUCGAUACAAAACCGAAGAGUACUCGCACACUGCUGUCAAUAAGUUCAAUGUCAUUCCUGAAUCUAUUCCUGAUUGGGUGUUUGACUUUAUUCCACUCCGGGGAGGGUACUUCAUUGGCAAUGUUAGCCCAGCUCGAAUGGACUUCAGGUGGUUCCUGGUUGGCAACUGCAUUGCAAUCUUGAGUUCUCUGGCCACACCUUCACAAGCAACAGCCAUCAUGGAUUUGAUCGACGAGCGUUGGGAAGACUUGAUUGGGGAGAUGCCCCUGAAGAUCGCUUAUCCUGCACUAGAGGGCCAUGAGUGGAGGAUUGUUACCGGAUUUGAUCCAAAGAACACGAGAUGGAGCUACCACAAUGGUGGGUCCUGGCCAGUGCUGCUGUGGCUGCUCACUGCAGCAUGCAUCAAGACAGGGAGGCCUCAGACUGCAAAGCGAGCGAUUGAGCUUGUGGAAAAGCGCCUCUCCAAGGAUGGGUGGCCCGAGUACUAUGAUGGCAAGUCAGGGCGUUAUAUCGGGAAGCAAGCAAGGAAGUACCAGACUUGGAGCAUUUCAGGUUACCUUAUUGCAAAAAUGAUGAUUGAGAACCCUGCCAACAUAUCCAUGAUUUCAUUUGAAGAGGACAAGAAGAUUGAGAAGCCAAGGCUCUCCCGCUCCUCGUCGUUCUAG